AUUCGUUUGCGUCUACAGUUUCUGUGAGCAGCCAAAUUUACAUUUGCUCAAAAUGGGCGGGUCCCUCGUUCCUUCCGGGCAACCCUCGUACUCGCGCGCACCUGCCAUACCUGUGUAACCUACAGGUGAGACGAGGGAAACUAGGAGUACAGCACGUAGACUUGCUAAAUAGACGUUUGACAGCAGUUAUGUUACUUUUAGUACACUGGGUUUCUGUUGGUCUCUAACAUUUUAUAUAGCUUUAGAAUGUGCUUUAACAUGCAGCUGGCUGUUAAGUAAACGCAGUUCGGACAGUUAAGCGUCUUCUUUCAAAUACACCGCAAGACUGUGUUGCUUCAAAGACAUUAUAAGAGCGUCGCCCUUAUCGGAGGAUUCAAUUCUAUACUGAUGGCAACAACAAAGCACCAUGGACGGGCGAGACCUCAGCUGCCAGCUUGUUACCACGAAGGCUUUCUGGAAAAGAAAUCUAUAAAAGACAAGAUGGGUCGUAAACUCUGGACCAGUUUAUGUGGCAAUUCACUCUUUUUCUUUAAUAACACCAAAGAUAAUGUUUAUAUAGAGAAGCUGGAGCUCUCUGAUCUCGUCUCUGUGACAGAUGACUGCUGCCAUGACCGAAACCUUGAAAAUGCUCGAUUCACCCUGCAUAUGAAAAAUGAAGACAUCAAGAUGAUCGCCCCAAGCCUUGAGUCUCGAGAGCUGUGGAAAGGCUUCAUACUCUCAGUUUCUAAGCUGUCUGUGCCCAGCUGUCUUAACCUUCUUCCUGGCCAGAUUCACAUGAUGAAAGAAAUAAUUGAGAAAGAGAAAAAGAGGCAGCAGCCUCCAACAGCUCCCUCACUGCUUCAUAACAUUUAUCUUCCUGUACUGCCAGACAUGCCUGCGUGUUAUCAUGAUGUCUCUCGUGUUCAAGCUGAGCUCUUAUUGGAAAGGAAUGCUAAUCGAGGAAACCUGCUACUGAGGCCUGGCCGAGAUGGGGCGUCUUUCGCUGUAACCACUCGCCAAGAUGUCAACGGAUCGGUAUUCAAACAUUAUCGUGUGUCUCGGAAGCACGAAGGAGGAUUCACCAUUGACGUUGAGACUCCUAUCUCCUGUCCCACUCUACAUGAUGUGAUCACCUGCCUGGUGGAGAAGACCAAUGGGGUUUUAGAGCCUUUUCUACUGGAGCAACACUAUGAGGAUAAUAUCAGUUAUGUUCAGGCCAAUGAGGAAAAUGGUGAGAGGAGUGUACAAUGUGCCAGCAGUGAACCUUUACCAUCUCCACCAGUUCCACCGCCUAAACCAGUCCAAAGGGAUUACAGGGCCAAUUCAGAACCACUGGCAAACACACAGGAAAACAUCUACCUCAAUGAGCCAAAGGUUAUAGAGGAAGAAGUAAAUCCAUCUUGUGCUGGUCCCCCUGUACAACCAUGCCCUUCUGUGCGAUUUUUGCCGCAUCAAAAUUUAAUGCUGCCAGACCAGAACACCUGUUCAGGUAGUGAAAGAAAAGCUUUAAAACUCCCUGGCUACCCUCUUGCGGCACUCCGAAGCUACAGUAUGUCAGACGUGCCUGAGAACAAUUCUCAGCAUGGGCCACAACCUGCAUGUAUAAGUAAAGCUUUAUCAGAGGAGCUCAAGAUGAUUUUUAAGAAGAAACAGGCUCUCCAAGAAUGAUUUCGAAUCGAUGUGAUGAAAACAAUGACUGGAUGCACUGUGGAACAAUGAACAAUUCCUGUUAAACUGGUCUUUAAUGUAUACCAG